UUCUAAAAGUGCAGACUAUGUAUAAAAGACGAACAAAUCAUGGUUGGUAAAUAAUCAUCAAACUAGAAGUAUAGGGGUCAGUUGUUGAUCUCAUUACCGGUCUAUACCGGUGUCUAUGCUCAUCUGAGUCGUUAGUUGUUGUUCAUUGGCCUGAUCAGAGUUAUCUGUCUGAUCUCAACAUUUUACAUUAGUCAGUUGUUACUUGUCAUUGUUAUAUUGGAGUUAUUUUUAUUAAGUAACGUGCUCGUCUGUGGUAUGUGUUUUAUUUAUUAUUUUAUUCAAGUAUAAAACAUUUAGAGUUAAUUAUUUCCACCUGGUGUAUUAGCAAUUAUCGGAACAAGUGGCGUAACAAAAAUAAUAAUAAAAAAUUAUUGAAUUAUCUAUCGAUAGAAAACGUGAGUGUUGAAACAAAAGUGCAAAAAUGAAAGAAUGAAGUUUAUAGUGUCUGAAGAUAAUGAAAUGUAAUUUACAUCAAGAAUCAAUAAUUGUUAACUAUUAGGGAAAAUGUGGCACUGUUGGAGCUGAGACCAUUGCGCAAAUUGCGCAAAUCUUCAGGGCCUCAUUUUCACCCUAUUACAAGAAAGUAAGGUGCUCGUAGUAGUUGCCCAUUCACCGACUCAUUUCUCUCAUCUAUUUUUAUUUUAUUUUUACCAAUACACAUAAUUAACGUGCGUGUAUUUCCUCUGUCUCUCUCACUCUCUCUCUUCUCUCUAUUUUCCCGAUAUACUCAACACAACUACCUCUGCGUGACGUUGAAUGCAAAAUUUUGGUGAACCAAAUACCAGCUAAAAACUGGCAUAAUAAUUAAAUUGUGGACAUAUAUUAACAAUAACAUUAUUAUAAUAGUCAGUGAUAUUUAUUUAUGUAAAACAUAAGUGGAAAAAAAUAAACAACAAAAUAGUCGUGAGAUAAACAAAUUAAUUGUAUAAAAACAAUAACAAUCAUAAGAAGGAUUAGUCAAUAAAGAGUAGUUUAAAGAGAGAGAAAGAGAAACGCAAUGCCGCACAAAAUGAGAAAUAUUUCUAAUCUGUUGCCAACAACGUGGUGCAUCUUGAUGAUCCUACAGCAAACAAUUGUAAUAGUAUCAACAAUGGAGACUCCAAAAAAUCCAAUAACUCUACCACCAUGUUCAAGUGAAAUUUAUUGUCAUGGAGAAUUAUUACAUACAGUACAAUUAGCCCAACUUUAUCCAGAUUCUAAAACAUUUGUUGAUAUGAAACUCAAAAAAAGUCCAGCUGAGACAUUGAAGGUUUUCAAUGAGAUGAUGAAUCGAACAACAGAAAGGCCACCACCAAGAGACAUGGUUAAAAAGUUUGUAGAAGAGAAUUUUGAUCCAGAAGGUUCAGAAUUUGAAGAGUGGGAUCCAGAAGACUGGACACCAAAGCCAAAGUUUCUUGAAGGAAUUCGUGAUCCAAAGUUAAAAAAAUUCGCUUCAGAUCUAAAUGAUAUAUGGAAGCAAUUGGGUAGGAAAAUUAAAGAAGAUGUUAAAAUUAAUUCUGAUCUAUAUUCAAUAAUUUAUGUUCCUAAUCCGGUGAUCAUACCGGGAGGAAGAUUUCGGGAAUUUUAUUACUGGGACUCUUAUUGGAUAAUAAAAGGGCUUUUAUUAUCAGAAAUGACUAAUACGGUUAGAGGAAUGUUGACAAAUUUUGUAUCAAUCGUUGAACAGUAUGGAUUCAUACCCAAUGGUGGAAGAAUUUAUUACACAAUGAGAUCACAACCACCAAUGUUGAUGCCAAUGGUUAAAGUCUAUCUAGAUGCUACUAACGACAUUGAAUGGCUCAGAGAAAACCUUUGGCUACUAGAAAAGGAAUUUAAUUUUUGGAUGGUAAAUAGAACUGUUGAAGUGCAGAAAAAUGACCGUAUUUAUACUUUAGCAAUAUACAAUGAAAAUUCUAGUGGGCCUAGACCUGAAUCUUACAGAGAGGACGAGUCAAUUGGUCGUGGAAUGCGAACAGAUGAAGAGAGAGACAAUUAUUAUAAAGAAUUAAAAAGUGCGGCCGAAUCAGGCUGGGACUUUUCGAGUCGUUGGUUCAUAUCUGAAGCAACUAAUAAAGGAAAUCUAAGUGAUCUCAAGACGAGAUCUAUAAUUCCGGUUGAUCUCAACGCGAUAUUAUAUCGCAAUGCUGUAUUAUUAGCAGAAUUCAAUGAUUUGGUAGGAAAUGCUAGUAAAUCAGAAGAGUAUCGAAAAAAAGCUGAGCAAUGGAAAGAAGCUGUCAAUGCUGUUUUAUGGCAUGAGGAAGUGGGUGCUUGGUUAGAUUAUGAUAUCUUCAAUGGUUUAAAACGUGAUUACUUUUAUCCAACAAAUAUUCUACCUCUAUGGACUAAUUGUUAUGAUACUGCUCAUCGGGAAUACUAUGUUGACAAAGUUGUCAAGUAUCUUGAUAAAAGUCAAAUAAUGAUUAAUCUUGGUGGUAUACCAGCGACUUUGGAGCAUUCGGGUGAGCAAUGGGAUUAUCCAAAUGCUUGGCCACCGUUACAGUAUUUUGUGAUCAUGUCUUUGGACAACAGUCAGGAUAAACAUGCUCAGAGAUUAGCUUACGAACUGAGUGAAAUAUGGGUUCAAAGUAAUUAUAAGGCAUUUAAAAUAAAUCACUGUAUGUAUGAAAAGUAUGAUGCUACUGUUUCGGGUAGUGGAGGAGGUGGUGGAGAAUAUUCAGUCCAGUUAGGUUUUGGCUGGUCCAAUGGCCUUAUUCUGGACUUAAUAAAUAAGUAUAGUAAAAGUUUGACUGCCGAAAAUCAUUUUAAAUCGAAUUACUCGGAAGAAUUUUAUAAAGUUCAAUCCUUACCAAGAACGAGCGGUGGAAGUGUGUCACCUGCUGGUCAAAUGAUGACUGGUCUUCUUGCCCUCAUCAUAUCAAUCGCUGCAGGAUUUAUAGGGUGAGAUAUCAAUAGACUUGAGACCCGCUACAAUCUCAGCUAUUUAUUACAUAAUAUACAUUUUUUUAAAAUCUUAACGUAAAUAAUGUUAGAGCAAGACUCUCAGGGUAGCAUAGUCUUACAAUGGUGUGGUGAUAUGGAAAUGAUUUUUUGAUCAAUGAUAUUUUAUUUUAUUAAGCAGUGAAUUAAUUUAAUGCAAUUCUCUAUUUGAUGUGGUUUUAAAAUUAAUCAAUUUGCAUGAACUGCAUCAGUGAUUAUUUAAUGUAAAUAUUGUACAAAAAAACAUAAACAUUUAGAGCCUAGAUAUUUGUAACAAUGAAAGGCUAGUUUGAUAGGUUUUUUUUCUAGUCAAGUGUGCAAGGCUUGCCAGCCAACUACUUCUCGACGUUCACUUUGACAAUUUAGGUCUUUGUGCUCUAUCUACUAGCUACUUUCAAAUCUUACCACUUCCUUACAUCCAUUACUUCAGCAGUAAUUGUUUGAUUGAAGCUUUUUUUUGAUUAAAUGUUUGUUAUCCUUGCAUUAUUCAAAUUAUUGCCG